AAAUUGACAGACGAAAUCCGGAAAAAUCCCAGGCCGUUGCCAUCUCUACUGAAAACGCAACAGCAGGGACGGACGAUGUUUUAGCUCUUCUUCUUCCUCUCAGAUAUCAUUCCUCUUUCAAUUCAAUUCCUCUCUCAAACCCUAAUUUCUGAAAAAUUACACACACACACACACAUUUGUAUACUCUUCACUCUACCCCCUAGUGUUCAGUAUUAUUAGGGUUUAAAUCUCAGCUCUCUUUUUGAUUCUUUGAUCCCAUAAAUGAACGAUUACACCACCACCACCGUGUGCGGCAACUGCGGCGCGGCGGAGCACCGGCGGCUCCUCCACCACGUCCGCCACCGCGGGAUCUUGCGCCGCCUCUGCACCACCUGCGUCCUCCGCCUCCACCCUCACUCCUUCUGUCCCACCUGCUUACUCAUCUACGACCUCUCUCCACCCCCCUCAAACGACACCGUUUCCUGCUUCAAAUGCUACUCCUCUUCUCACUCUCGCUGUGUCUCCCCCAACCCUCCUAAGCCCUACAUUUGCCCCCCUUGUGCAAACCCUAAUCUCCCAAUCUUCACUUUGAAGAAAGUCGAAGACGAAGUGGGUAAAGGUGGGGAUGGGAAUUGCCAAGAGAUUGAUUUGAAGGCGGCCAAAGUGCUGCUCGUGGCUACCAGGAUUGCGGCGGCUUCAAUGAGUAUAGCGGCGGUGGCGGCGAGGGCGGAGGCGGAGCGGAGAGUGAAGGAGGCGGCUUUUACGAGGAAGAGAGCGAGGGAAGCUUUGGAACAUGUUGGGUUUCUUCUUGCCAAAGAUAAAUUGAAUCAUAAGUGUGGUAAUAAUAAUAAUAAUGCUAGUAGUGUUGGUGUUGUGAAGGUAGAGGCGGUGAAGAAACGGAUUGGUAAUCAGGGAUUGGAUUGUGCGAAUGAGGUUUCGGCGCGUUUAAAUGCUGUGGGAUUGAGGGAGAAUGAGAGGUUACAAAGAUUUGGAAGACAGAGUAAUAACUGUGCAUCAAUGGCUGUGGAGAGUAAUGAAAAACUGAGAUUGAACCCAGCUUCUAAAAAUGACAGACCUGGUAAUUUGGAUCACUUGGGGAACAAUAUUGCACACGGGGAAAAAGUGAAUCAUGGGUUAUAUUCAGUUCCUCCUGUAGGAGCUGAGCUGCAGCAUAUGCAAAACAAUCGUGGUAGGGAAGAGAAUAUUGGCUCGAAUCAAUCAUUUCUGUAGGAUGAACACAAGGUGUACAAGGUUUCUGAGACUAACUCUGGGGGUACACUCAUGGGAUUGUGAAUGGAAUGAGAUUUGCGUCUGUGAGUUGUAUUUGCCAGACCAAGUGAUAUUUUGUUGGUACAUACCAUUUGUCAAUCUAGUUUGAUUCCUUGAUCCUAUGUAGAGAUAAUUAAGAUGAUCUUACAUGAUUUAUAUUUAUCUUUCGUUGGCAAAGUCAAGUUUGAUCUUUUAUAUGUUGUUCUGUACUUUUGCUAAUCUUAUAUGUUUUCUGCAUCACUGUUAUCAUAUAAUCAUUAGUUCCUUAGUUUGUUGA